AGAGACGGUGAAAAUUCUCGCGAACUUUAAGACCCUUCAGACAUGCGCAAUGGACGAUCACAAAUGUUUAUAAAAUUCAUUUAAGAUUUAGUUAUUCACAAACUUCAAAUUUUUAAAAAAAGAAAUGAAAGUUGACGCCGGGGCAUUUUGGCAGCGUUGAUUAAGAAGACGAAGACAGUCAAUGUAAUGCAAUAAGUUGCAGAACGUGUCGCUACUUUAGAUAUUUCACAUAAUGGUCGCACUGCCGGCAACAAUCAACAUGAAGAUUAAAAAUAAAAUUGUUAUUGCUGAUGAAGUUAAGAAUGGAAUUGUUAUCGGCGAUGAAAUUAACGAUGGAACUGCUAUCGGCGAUCAAAGUAAAGAUUUGUUCAAAGUUCGUUUAGAUUUAGGAGCGUCAAAUGGAACUGAGGGAGAUGUUUUUAGUUUCUCAGGAAAUCGGACCUCAAGUCUGAGCAAUAUCAGCGAGGAAGGUUUCACUGAAAGCAAGCCAGAAAACUCAAUGGCCAAUGCUACCACAAAUAUAAGCAGUCUUGUGGAGGGGCGCACGGCUGAUUCACAGAUGGACACAUUGUCUGCCACAAAUUUGGGUUACCAGGAAGAACAGUGUAACAUACAAAUAACACAGAACAACUCCAAGUAUGGGAACUCAUUGAAAGACAACGCGUCUGAUAAACGCAGCAUUUCGGGUAGAAAGCAACACGUGACCCCAAACCUUGACCACCGCGGACGUGUCACGAGUCGAGGUAAAGCCGUGAGCUCCUGCGAGUCUCUGGUAUCACGUGUGUUCUCGUGGAGGUCCAUGAUGCUGCUACUGCUUCACCUGUCGUGCAUGAUAAACACCAUGCCCAGGAACACAGCCCCCAUGGCCAUAGUGUGUAUGGUCAGACCCCGAUCUGGUGAGAGGUCGGGAGGAGGGUCAACGAACGCCACGAGGAGCGGAGCAACUGAGGGUGUCCUUGGCUCGCAACUGGAAGUGGACAGUGGUGAUGUUUUGAUGAAUACCACGAUUGAGAAGGUGAGUUGGGACACAUAAUAUUGAUUUAGUUCAAAACCUGGGAAAUUUGUGUUAUUACAGUUUAGCCUGGUAUGGCGUAAGGUUGGGCUAUUUUUCACGUUAAUCAUAAUUUAUAGGUGUUUUUAGCCAACACACUUGUCUUCCGCUGUAGUAUGGCCUUGCUAUUGACGUCACGGAGUACAUGGGCCUUGUCAUCCCUUACCCACCCAUUCCGUCUUUGGGAAAAUGUUGUUUACGUUACAAUGUGUUCCGUUUGUUCCCAGGAAUUCCAUUAGGUGAAGCUAUUUCUAGAAUAUCUUUAUUAGAACGCUCGGACUUACUUCCUAUAUGAAGUCCGCCAGGUUUCUUAACAGGUGGACAGAGCGACAGACAGAUAGAAAGAGCGAAGGAGAGAAUUUUGCUCUUCGAACCAUUAUGUAAUUGUGUGCGUGUAAAUUAACAUGUAUUUUGAGGAGUGCACCGUCUUUACUUGCUGUUAAGUUGAUACAUGUUUUUUUUUUGCUUCUAUACUCAAAUUUGUUUGUGUAUAGAAAUUUAUUUGUAUAGCUGUAUUGAAUAUCAUUAGUAUCACUAGCGUUGGUAUAGUCUUCCCUGCAUGCUGUUUUCUCAGUCCUGUGUUACACAUUGCUUCUUCUAACAGCCAAUCAUCAACACAUACUACAUUUUCUAAACCUUAACGCUACGUAACAGCGGUGUGUAGCUCAUAGCGAUGGCUUUGGCGGUUACAUAUGGCCACCUGAGCUAGACGAUUGAAAUAAUGUUGUUCGUCCGUCGAGGAUCGACGAUGACCAUCAAGUCGUCCGGUGACUGAUGACUUGCGCUAGUGACUUUAGUUUAACGUGAGGAAGAACGAUUGAAAUAUAAACUGAAGGUAAUUACACGACUCUGUCGUGUCAGGAGUCUGCUGCCAUUAUUCACUGCUGCCAUUAUUCACUGCUGCCAAUUAUUCACUGCUGCCAAUUAUUCACUGCUGCCAAUUAUUCACUGCUGCCAAUUAUUCACUGCUGCCAAUUAUUCACUGCUGCCAAUUAUUCACUGCUGCCAAUUAUUCACUGCUGCCAAUUAUUCANACAAUUCUUAUGACUUUAAAUCACACAAUUUCAGUCAUCUCAUUCGAUUCACUUGAGUCAAAAUAGAGAUUAUUACAAUUCUGACAAUAUGAAAGUUGAAGAGUAAAUUUUAAAAAAAUAUAUAUUUGCUGAAUAUGUAACAGAUUGAUGAUUUCGAGUUUGACUGGGACUCCAACACCGUGGGGCUUGUCCUGUCCGCCAUCUCGUUCACGUCGUGGGUCGGCCCGCUGUUCACAGACACACUCCGCGGCUACCUCGGCAACAAGUGGACGCUCACUCUGCUGACCCUCGGCUCUGCGGCGACGACCCUGCUAUCUCCCCUGGCUGCCCGCAUAGGACCGGGCGUCCUGGUCGGGCUCAGGGUCGUAACAGGAGUGGUCUCGGUGAGUACUUUAAGGGGAACCCAGCUACGUUAGUCCCCCGCGCCCCAAACCCCCCCCCAGCCCCAUGUCGUUCAUUGUUGUUGCUGGUCUGUGGUCGACUCUUUGGGGCAAUGGCCAACAUGGGGCUAGCAUUCUGUGGGGCAUCUACUUUGCUUGAAACUAUGAUGGGUGCCUAGUUUAGGUUUAACCAUAUGUGUAGUGGCUCUAUCUACCGCGUACAAAGUAUGAAGAUAUGCUCAGGAAAACUCUUCCAUCUUAAAUAAAGUUCUUGCUCCUUCACGCCAUUUUCCCAUGUUCUCCAAUUCCCACCAUCACUCCAAUUCCCUCUUAUUUCAACACUCCAUUAUUACAACCUAUAUCAACACUUCGAUUCCAAACUAUAUCACACUCAAAUUUCCACCUAUAUAAACACUCCAGCUGCCACCCUUAUCACCACCACCAUUACAACCUAUAUCAACACUUCGAUUCAUAACUAUAUCACACUCAAAUUCUCACCUAUGUAAACACUCCAGCUGCCACCCCUGCCACCAACCACAAUUACAACCUAUAUCAACGCCCCGAUUCCCAACGAUAUCAACACUCCAAUUACCACCUACAUCAACGCCCCUAUUCCCAUCAAUAUCAACAUUCCAAUUCCUACCCAUACCAACACUCAAACUGCCAGCGAUAUCAACACUUCAACAGCCACCUGUAUCAACCCCAAUAAAUGUUGUAUGUGUAUGCACGAAGUUCCUAAUUUGAUUUGUUUUCCAAGGGAGGGAACACGCCCAUUGUUGCUGACACCAUUGUCUGGUGGACUCCAGUGUCCGAGAAGCUGACCGCUACAACAUUGACAUUUUGUGGUAAAUAUUUUUUUUUUUAAUUUCCUUAUGGAGCUAAGUCAGUAAAGCCCAUAUCAGAGGUUCCCCAGAAUUUGUCAAAUAGCGUGGUCCUAGAUGCAUCCAGGUUGACAAAGGCGCUGUAUGUCAAAUUCUAACAAGAGCACUGCGAAAUAGCGAAUUUUUAAAGAAAUUUUAUUGAUUAACAAUGCGCCCUUGUGAGGAAAUCGAAGUCCCCAACGGCACAAAUUUUGUGAUCCUCUGGUCAAUAUAAAUUUUCACAUCAUUUUAUUUAGAACCCCUUGCUUCAUUUAAAAUCAUUAAAAAAAUAUAUAAAAAAUCAAUGACCUUUUCGGUUGUACACAAAAAUUCCACCCAUAAUACUAAUCAUGGUAGUUAUUCUCAUUUUAUUUAAAACCUGUCAUGAGUUUUUAUAGCAUUUAUCAUUUAACGGAACAAAUAUUGCUCAUCAACGUUUUCGCCUAAACCCCAUCCCACUAAAUUUCAAUCGCACUCAAACAGAUAUAUGUUUAAAAAAAUAAAGUUGUUUUCUGGGGGUAAACAAUAAGAUGAUAGUUGAAUGGUAAACGUUUAUUUUAGUCGAGUGCUGGCUGAUAACACUGACCCUUUGGAGGAGAAAAAAAUCUCCAUUUAAAAUUUAUAUAACAAAAGCUGAAGAAAAAAAAAUAAAAAAUAAAAAAUCACUCUAAAUUGUUAGUUUAAAUUUAUUUUUCUGGGUGGAUUCGGUUAAAUUUGGUUUAUUUGUAGACGACUCCGGUUAUAAAUGUACAACGAUGAAAGUCCAAUGCAAACUCUUAACAUGUAGGAAAUAAAUAGCACAAGUAGGCGAAACCCUGGAGAAAAAAAAACGACAUCGAAUCAUCGGAAGUACAGACAGAAUGCCUCCUUCAGCGAACUGAAACAUGUAAAUAAUAAUAUUAAUUAAAAUCAGUGAACUGGUUAUGUAAAGAGUUCGAGAGAAAUCUGUUUAACUAAUCAAGUUUUUUUUCUCCCCAGGGUAUAACAUGGCCGGCAUCGUCACCUUCUUCAUCGCUGGCUUUUUGUGUUCUGUUCCCAUUGACAACGGCUGGCCAUUUGUCUUCUACGUCUUUGGUAAAACUGUCCUCCUUAUAGCUUGUUUGCGGGUUACUGGAUCUAGAGUAGAGCAGCGUUUCCCAAAGCCUGGGGUCACAAUCUGCUUCCGGGCCACGACAAGCAAAGUUACUGGGUCGCCCGAAGAAGAAGCAAAAGUGAUUUCAGGGUCACGACAAAAGGCUUUGGGAAACGCUGGAGGAGCGUCGAUUUCCGGAAUUGAAUGGGACCCGGAUUUGAUUUGGGUUAGAAAGUUAUUUGAAUAUCGAAAACUCCACAGAAAUGUUUUUUUAAAGAAGUUAAUGAUAAAUACAACCAAAAAAUAUUUUUGCCUACUAGUUUUUAUUCCUCGAAAGAUGUUUAGUUGAGCAAUGCAUUAACAACAGCGCUCGGUGCAUUUAGGGUCCGCUGAUUGAUAAAAAAGGUGUUUCUUUGCUGCAAAAAUAGGUUGUUUCCGAAAAUAGAUGGAUAUUUACUUAGCGAAACUGCAAAGGAUUGUGAAAAAUGAGUUGGAAUUAUUUUCCAGUAGGGGUGCCUAUCCUCCCCCUUCCCAAAAAGUUGUGGAAGCCAACCUCCCUUGCGACCCUAGACAUUAGACUGGGUAAAAUUAUGUACCGUGGUUCAUUUUAGUCAAGGUAGUGGUGUUGAAUUCGGGAGUUCACUAUUCAUUUUAGUAAUACAGAAAUUUACAAUCACAAAAAAAAAAAAAAAUUGUUAAGACAUUGAUGAAUAUUCAGUAAUAAUAUGUGGUUAACAAACCAUUACAAUUUCAAUAAAAACCUCAACAAUUCAGUUCUUCCCAAUAUCAAAUAAAUUAAAUUACAAAAAAGUGAGAUUUAAAAAAAAAAAAAAAAAAAGUUUAGUUCUUUGGUUUCAAUUCUUAAAGUUCAUUUCCGGUGUGGUAAAAACCACAACAAUUCAGUUCUUCCCAAAAUAAAAAAAAAAAAAAUAAAAAAAAGUGAUAUUUAAAAAAAAAAAAAAAAAAAAAGUUUAGUUCUUUGGUUUCAAUUCUUAAAGUUCAUUUCCGGUGUGGCUGCGCAAUCGUAAAAGUAUCGUUUCACACUAGAGGAUUGCGUUGAAUCUCCUCCCCGCUUUUUAGGGUCUAAAAAUUUCCCCAACCCAAUUACAAAAGUAUAACAGAAAUUUUAAAUCAUUUUCUUUUUUUUUUUACUAUUAUUAUUAUUAAAUGAAUUUUGUUACCCGGAGAAAAUCAAAAGGAAAUGGCUUUUUUUUGGUUUUGUUUGGGAAGGGGAUGUAUAUCGUUUUAUAAACUCAGAUUAGAAGCAACUGCUUUCUUCCCUCCUAGCUUUCUUCCCUCCUAUGUGGACGCCCUUAUUUGCCGGUUUUGAAAACAAAUACUUCCUGCCAUGCGCAUUGCGGACGAUGAAGUAGGGGUGUUCGGAUAAUCGACGUUUCCGAUCAUCGACGUUCGGAAAAUCGAAACUCCACUGUGUACAUAUUUUCCCAAAAAGUUUCAGAAUGUUAACUUCAAUGAUAUGUUGACCUAUUGUAAUUCUUUUCUUUUUUUUUUUACGUUCUUAUAUCAUUCAUUCCAUUUUUUUCUUUAAACAAAGAUUCCCUAAGUGCUGUUUAGAAAAAGGCAAAACAAACAAAAAAAUCUAUUUGUUGUUCUUCAUACUUCUAAGUUAAGUCUCUUGGAUAAAACGAAUCAAAGAAUCGAGUGAAGCAAAGUUAUUGACAAAUACAAAACUAAACGCAAUUAAAAGAGAUAUAAGAGCAAGCAAGGUAUGCCAAACUUGAAUUCAUUUUUAUUAAAUGCAUUUAGAAGCAUCGACGGGGUAGAGUUUACCGUUGAACAGAUCUCUGCAUAGAUUUGGAAGAAAGAAAAAACAACAACAAUUAUUUAGAUUUAAAUCCCAGAAAUGCGCCCCUGCUGACAUAAAAAGAAACUUGUAUACUUUACUCUCACGUUUCGCCACGCCAGGGGCCAUAACUCUACUGUGGACACUUGCAUGGCACAUAAUGACGACUCAAAAGCCCGAAGACCAUCCGUGGAUUUCCGACGAGGAGAAGUCUUUCAUCAUCGCCACACGUAGUCUUAGCCUCGGGACGGAAAAGGUGGGUGAGAAUAUAAUAUGUCAUUAAGCCUUUGUGUCCUUUUGGAAGUGGUUCACAUCACGGCCAUGACAUACAUAUCCAUACACACACUCGACCCUCAAAACUUUUUUUUUUUAAAUGCUAAUUUGCAUUUGGGAUAAUGACUGUGUGGAGAACUUUUACUUUAACAAAUGGAUUGAUUGCGUUCUCUAUCUUUUUUCUAAAAAAAAAACAACAAAAAAACAAACAAACCAUGUCCACUAACAACGUAUCCAGGUAAGGGUAUCAAAAUGAAAUCGUAUCCGGAAAUUUGAUCGAAAGAAAUUUCAUCGACGGUAAAUUGACCGACAGUAAUUUGAUCGAACGGAAAUUUGGUCGAAUCUUCUUUUUUUUGUCUCAGUUUUUACGUUAAAAUUUUGUUGCAAAUUUCAUUUUAAACGCAUUAUUUUGUUUUACUAUAUGGUAUGGUGCGUUCAAAAAGAAUUGUGACGAACAUUUUAACGCGUGAAAUGAAAAAAAGAUUCGACCAAAUUUCCGUUCGAUCAAAUUUUCGUCGAUCAAUUUACCGUCGACGAGAUUCCUUUUGAUCACAUUUCCGGUAACCAAAUGAAAUUCACCCUUUAGCAUUUUUAAACUAUCCAAUUAUCCAUUUUUAAAUUUUUGUAACGAACGUAAUUUCCAUCCAUUUAUCCCUUUUUUGAUUGAUUUCUUUUUUUUUUAUUCAUGUCCUUUCCACUCAUAUAUCCACAAUACCAUAUCCUUAGCGCGUUCAGAUAUUGUCGUAUUUCUACACCCAUGUGAAUCUCUCAGACAGGAAGCCGAGACAAGCCGCCGUACCGAGACAUUAUGACGUCAGUUCCGGUGAUCGUGCUCUUCUUCGUCACGAGCGUGCACAUGUGGAGCUUGACGAUCAUCUACACUUACAUCCCCGUGUACUUCUCGAGGCUGCUGGGCUUUACGUAUGAGGAGGUAGCUAACACUGGUCUUUGGCGUUCAUGGUGUUUCAAUAAAAAAAAAAAAUGUUUUCGUAUAAUAAAAUAAAUCUCUUAUAAAUAUGUUAUUGCUUCUGGUGUGUCCUGCUUCCUCUUCGAAACCACCUCCCCUCAACUCCACAUGUUUCAUAUUAAUAAUACGGAAUGGAAUAAAAAAAAGGCUGUCGCCCAGCCAGCUUCAUGCGUGACCUCUGAACUCUGUUAAAUAGGUUGCUAUUUUUUCUAUAGAAAAGAUUUUUUUUUUUUUUUUAAAUGUCACUGAUUUUUUCACAAAUUUGUUCUGGGGCUGCACACACCCCUCAGAACUGGUUUCAUUGGACCAUCCUUUUCACUUCAGGUGUCUGUGUGCCAUGCUAGUCUUUUCCGUAGCCUAGUACAGGAAGGUAUUGCCAUUUUCGUUAUAUUGCCACUGUUGUUUCUUUACAGUCUUUAUUAUAAAAUGAUCGACAUUAUCUUCUCUGUCGAUUUGUUUUUGUACAAAAGUCAUCUCUAUUUCGGGAUCCGGCAACUGCCUGUUCCUAUUAGUAGGUUAUUUCUUCACAAAAAAAAAAAAACUUUUGAAGAAAAUGCCCUCUCACUACGAUAUUGGAGCGGUAGAUUUUGUUGCAUAUUAUUGAAAAUGAGAAAUUAACUCUUUUAUUAUUAUUAUUAUUAUUAUUAUUAUUAUUAUUAUUAUUAUUUAUUAUUUUUUUGAACUCUUCUUUUAUCAACAUACCCGGACUUUGUGUAAAAAAAUUCACCCGGUUGAGCCCCAGUGUAUGUAUAUUCUAUGAUAUAUCUACAUCAGUUACACAGUUGGCCUAGCAAAUUGAUUGCACCAAGUCAUUCCCUGUGUUAAAUCUAAAGAAAAUGUAGAUCUAAAUGUCUUUUAUCCAAAUGUCUCUUGUUUUGUAGAGAACAUGUCGUAUUUCUCGGUAUAAUAAAUUUGUCCUUGUACAAAAUCCCGCUAGACAGGUGUACUGGUUUCUUGUGUGGCUUUCUGUCGUCUUUUCGGAGCCAUUCUCUGGACAAUCAUCGGGAACAAGCUGAUGUCCAGACCUGGGAUGACCGCUAACAAAAGCAGAAAGAUCAUUUUUACAGCAGGUAUAAAGUAAAUUGUGUUUAAACACGGUGCGGUGGAUUAGUGGAGACGUUCACCGAAGCGCCAAGUCAUUAUUCAGGGGCGUCAGAAAGUUACUUGGGGCGUCAAAACACUAUCUGAGGGGGUGUUGGGACUUUUCCAGAGGGAGCUCAAACAUUACCAAAGCGUUAGAAUGUAAUAUGUAGCGUUGGAAUGUUUCUUUGCGACGCUAGGAAGUUUCAAACCAAUAUUUGUUAAAGAUUUUGUGUCCGCCAUUGAAUUCUUAAAAUUGUCCAGCAUACAUAAAUGUUCGAUAGAGUCCUACAGGUGUCCUUAAACAUAAUUUAGACGUUUCAUUUGUGUGGGCUCAAAUGGAAACUAAGUGUAUUGUAAACACUUGAACGGCUCAUAUUUUCCUCAAUAUUUAAAAAGGGUGGAAGUCUUUUUUAGCUUGCUGAAACAAUACAAAACAUUAUGUUGCGACGUUAGCACUUGACUAUUUCCUUAUAUUUAUCUGAAUAUCUGUGGAUCUCACCAGGUUCCGUCAUAGCGGGUGUGUUUCUCGUGGCCGUCACCUUCGUAGCCUCUGACCUCAGGUCGCUGGCUGCGACCCUCAUGUGCGUCGCGAUGGUCUCUCAAUCUGUGUCAGCCGUCGUGAUGCCUGCUUUAGCGCUAGACAUGGCGCCAAGGUAAUGUUAACAAUCAGGUCUUGAUGCGAUUCACGUUAUGAGACGUUGCAAGUUGCAACUUCCUAUUGCCAUACAAAUUUACAUUUGAAGAUUGCAAGAAUGCACCUUUCGGAACCUUCUUUCGAUUCGAAAAUAUUAGCUGGAUUGAUAUACUUAUUGAUGUGUGCUUAGCUAACAUAACAUAUUUUGUGGACUGAUGUACUUAUUAAUGUGCAUGGCUUUUGUAAAAUAUUAGCUGGAUUGAUGUACUUAUUAGUGCGCAUGGCUAUCAUAAUCUGAACUCAAAUAUUUGAUCUUCUGAAUUUAAUCAUCAUUUAGAUAGGACCGCCUGUGAUGUCUUCACUGCAUUUCUUUCAGGUAUGCAGGAUUUAUCUCUGGCAUGUCAAUGUCCAUAGCGUCGGUUGUGGCCAUCCCUGGCCCCCUGAUCGUUGCUGCAUUGACACCGACGGUAUGUAAUCAACGUGUUUGCAGACAUUUUGUUUUGUGCGUGGAUCUAAUCUUUUAACCACUUUAAAAUGUUUUGAUUUAUAAAUCCUUUUACUUUUACUUCGUCCUUGUGUGUUGAGGGCAAACAUCUUCGGACCCGAUUCCCGUCAACCUAUCAAGCUGAAAAUUGCCACAUAGACUCGUCGACAAUGACGACACAUUUUUUUUAAAUUUUGAACCCCACGUCACCAACCCCUAACCCACCGAAAAAUCGUUUUUUUUUUCCAUUUUUUUUAUAGGGGAGAUGAAAAAAAAAAUAAUGCCACCAAUUCCACGAAAUAAAAUUCCCGAUAACGGUGCAAAAUGAGAUUCUUAAAAUAAAUAUCGUAUACCGUAAUAUUUUCUUUUGUUAUUGUGAAGUAGUUGGUGAAAUGAAUCUACGGUGUAAAAGUGGGUGUGGCGUCAAUGUAAAAAUAAAACAAAUGGGGCGAUGAAUUGUUAACGCUAUAGCUCUACUUUGAAGUAAAAUCAUUUUUUUUUAAUCACAUUGAAUCACAUUUAUUUUUUAUUUGUUGAAUCACAUUGAAUCACAUUUAUCUUUUUUAAAAAUCACAUUGAAUCACAUUUAUUUUUUUUUUAAAUCACAUUGAAUCACAUUUAUUUUUUAUUUGUUGAAUCACAUUGAAUCACAUUUAUCUUUUUUAAAAAUCACAUUGAAUCACAUUUUUUUUUUUAAUCACAUUGAAUCACAUUUAUUUUUAUUUUUUUAAUUACAUUUAUUUUUUUUUUUUUUUUUGUUUUUUUUUUUUAUUGUAUUCUUUUUUUUUUUUAUUUUUGUCUUUUUUUUUUUUUUAAAUAUCAUUGAAUCUCUUUUAUUUUUUUUUUGUUGAAUCACUUUUAAUUACUUUUAUUUUUUUUAAAAAUCAUUUUUAUUCAUUUUUUUUUUUUUUAAUCACAUUGAAUCACAUUUAUUUUCAUUUUUUAAAUCACAUUUAUUUUUUUUUUUUUUAUUUGAUUUUUGUUUUAAAUGCAUUCUAUACUUGAUAUAUUUAUGUCUUCUACAUCAGAAUUCGCAGAGCGAGUGGACCACGGUUUGGCUCAUCGUGUCGGCAGCGACCCUUGUCGGGGCUGUCAUAUUUCUCGUGUUCGGCCAGGCUUCCCUCCUGCCUUGGGCGGAUAACACGAGCAUCCCGACACCUCACGUGAUGGGCCCGUUCAUCCAGUUGGGUCGACGCAUGACCCUGUUUAUGGAAGCACCGCCCCUGAGACUGGUCGACACUGGCUGUGACCACACGUUUGCCCCUGCCAUUAUCCCGCACUUGUCCAGUUUCCGGUCACCGGAUGUUUUUCUGGGUCCGACUAAGCGGGCACGUUCAGAUAUGGAGCUGGCCUCCGAAAGUAAUGGAGAUUUACAUGUACAAAGAGAAGAUAAUCCCGAAUUUCAGUCUGAUGGUUCUUUCAUUAAUAAUGGAUUACCUCCCUCUAUAACCAAUAUUUCUGUAAAAUGUUCAGAUCGUGAAUUGAAUGAUGUCGACAUUGAUGAUAAAAAUUCGUCACAGUUUGAGAACCUUCCCGACUCAAUAAACGGGAUCCACAUAAACGAUAAUCAUUUAAAGGUAGCGGAGGAAACAUACGAUACACGCUUGUAAUUUAUUUUUUUUUUAAACAUUUUUUUAGAUACGAAGCACUUUUCAAAAAAAUACAUUUUCUAUUGGAAUUGAACAAAAGAUACAUAAUAGCAUUCGAUUAGAUUUGUUCACAUGCUAUAUCACAGCAUUCAAUGACAUACGAUUCAGAGCAUACAAGAUCUUCAUAUGAAAGCAUCGAAUGACAUACGAUUCAAAUGCAUACAAGAGGCUCACGAGAAAGCAUCGAAUGAAGUAAGAUUCAAUGCCUCAUUCAGGAUCCUCAUUACCCAACCCCCCCCCCCCAAAAAAAAAAAAAACAAAAAAAAAAAAACAAAAAAAAAAACAACAACAUGAUCUUGUAACACCAGUUAAGUUUCGCUUGGACCUGACCAAAGAUCUAUUCAUUGUUCUGGUUUAGUAAAGAUAACACAGGAAUGGGAUGCUGAGCAUUGAGAGCGCCGUAGCGGCACGUGUACUUGAUGAGAGAGACCUGGUCAUGUACGAGACGC